AUGCAAAGGAUCGGUGGAGACGGGAGCCCUGUGUACCACCUCCAGGCAGGGCUCGCGCGCUACUUCGAGCAGAAAUACAAACAAGGUGGUGAUUUUGAAGAUGAAGAGUAUGAACGAGAUGUAAAGGAUUGGUGCUGGGUUCACAAACCUUCCGGGAUCAAGGUGUGGCAGGAUGCCAUUGACUUGAGCCAAUCCGGUGGCUCAGGUCAUUGUGUCUUUCACUACACAACCGGGCUGGGAUUCCGAAAUAUCACGAACACAAGCAGCAAAGUGGCUGAGGUCUUUGCAAGUCUCAUUACCGCGGGAGAAAAAGCCAAUGCGUUGUGGGGCGCAGGAGUCUACACCGUGCGGAAGACACCAGACGAAUGGCCGAGUAUUGAGUCGUUACUAGACAACAUGUACCGCAACAUGCUCAGAAGAGAUAUUGAGCUCAAGGGGCACGAGCAUGCCGGUGAGGUGACGCAGUUGUAUGCCAGCCGGGUUGCUUACUGUAUUCCCAUUAUUGCUGAUGCAGCCAUUUUGUACGACGUUUCCGUGCGCCCAACACCCGAAAUGGUGGAGCAGGGGAGACCUGCUGGGGUGAACUUGGCCGGCAAACUCUUGAACGAACCUGGAAAGCCGGUAAGAUCGGUGAUUGUCGUGCGAGUAGAAAACGAGGAGGAAAACUACGUUUCAAAUGCUUACGCCAACCUGCUCCCAACGCUCCGCACCCGUGCAAGAGCGGUUGCUGCAAGACUGGGUACCAAGCACGCGGAAGCGCAUUCAGCUUUUGGAAGGCUGGCUACUGUCUUGGGAGCUCGUGGUGCCUUCAGGGAGGCAGAACGCCUUUGGCGGCAGAUCUUGGAGGCCAAAGAGUUGGAACUUGGAGCAGAACAUGCAGACACCUUGGCCUGUGCCAACAACCUGGCUGGUGUCUUCCGAGCUCAGCAAAAAGUAGACGAAGCUGAGCCGCUGUAUCGGCGGGCCUUGAGUGGCUUUGAAGCGAUGGCUGGAACUAUGCAUCCCUACGCCCUAGCGUGUGCCAACAACUUAGCCAUUUUGCUGAAAGACCAAGGCAAGCUAGAUGAGGCGGAAGUACUGCAUCGACAAACAUUAGAACUGUGUGAAAGCCAGCUUGGAGAAGCUCACCUAGACACGCUUUAUGCGUUGAACAACCUAGCAGUUCUCCUGGGCGUUAAUGGCAAGCUCAAAGAGGCGGAGGCGCUAAGUCGGCGGGCAUUGGGCUUUCGUCAAUCUCUCCUUGGAGAGAUGCAUCCUGAGACUCUCAUCUCCUGGAGCAGCCUUGCAACUGUCCUGCAAGCUCAAGGCAAUCUGGGGGAGGCCGAGCCAUCACAUCGACGGGCGCUUGAAGGACGUGAAAGUCAACUUGGACUUCAACAUCCACACACCCUAGCCUCCAUGUAUGGCCUGGCGCAGCUUUUGGAGGCUAAUGGCUCCAUAGAUGAGGCAGACCAGCUGUAUCUCCGAGAGUUGACCAUCACAGAGGAGAUCUAUGGUCCUGACCACAUUGCGACCCGUGUGAGCCGUAAGAAUCUGGAGCGCUUCCGAGGACAACACUCCACUGGCUGA